AUGGCUUCUUCUUCUUCCAUGGCUGAUGCAACUUCAUGGUACUGUGCCAUGGUCUUAGUGGCUCUCAUGAUGAUGGGGACUGUUAAAGAGAGCUCUCUCGUCACAGAUGAACCAGUCAGAGGAAAACACUUCUUGAACCGGCCUUGCGAUGAAAUAUAUGUGGUUGGAGAAGGUGAAACCCUCCAUACGAUCAGCGACAAGUGCGGCGACCCUUUCAUCGUUGAGAAGAAUCCACAUAUCCAUGACCCAGAUGAUGUUUUCCCUGGACUUGUCAUCAAGAUUACUCCUUCAAAACCUAGGAAGUUGUCAAGUUAG